CGCUGAAAAUUCGGUUUUGUUCCGAAACGGUCGCCAUUGCUAGAGAGAGAGGGGGAGGGAAAGAAUUAGAGAAAGCAAUUGAGAGAGAUGUUUGGGUAUGGUUGUAGAAAUUUAUAGAAUGUUGAGAGGUUUUGUUUGAAGCCAUAACCACUUGUUAUCUUCAAAACUCCUCCUCUGAACAAAUCUAUCUUGGGAGCCCCAUUUUCUGCAACCUUCACAGCUCUGAUGGCAGAUUUUCGUCGAUUUUGCUAUUGACGAAGGCAUCUCCAUUGCCAAAACAGCUCUAAAUCAGAUUGUGGUGAUCAAAUACUAACACCAUGGAUGAAGAUGAGGGUGGAAAGGUGAAUGGAAUCCGGCAAAUAGUUCGGUUGAAAGAAAUGCUCCAAAAGUGGCAGUCCAUGACUCUAAGUCCCAGAGCAAACAGCCCUCCCAAGGAUGUUCAUGGGGGAAUUUCCCCGAUAAUAAACAAGAGGCUCAAGAACUCAUAUGUUUUGUGUGAUUCCGAUGAGGAGAACUUUAAUAGCCCCGAACCACCACCUGAUGUCCCCAAAGGGUAUUUGGCAGUCUAUGUUGGACCAGAGCUCCGAAGGUUCAUCAUUCCCACUACUUAUCUCAGUCUCCCAGUGUUCAAGUUGUUAUUAGAGAAAGCAGAGGAAGAAUUUGGGUUUGAUCACAAAGGUGGACUCACUAUUCCUUGCGAGAUCGAGACAUUUAAGUACCUCUUGAAGAUCAUGGAGAACAAACUAAAGGAUUCUGAUGACAAUGCUGCAGAAGGAAACCCAUCAAGCAUAGAGGAAUAAUCAAGCAUACAUGGAUUUGUAUAGAAUUCUAAUCCAAUUGGAGGGUUUUGUUGGUGUAAAGUAAGUUAUCCAUUUGAUUGUUGAGUUAAAAAAUGACGGAGAGCAGCAGGGUCAGGGACGUCUAGCUAGGAUUUUCUCACAUAUUUUGGUGCCGGAAAACUCAAAACAGGGAAAGCCACAUCAUUGGAAAUUGUUCACUCUUUAUAAUAUGUUCAGUACUGUGGUUUGAUUGAAUCAUGUAUUUUGAUGUUCAAAGGAAUUCAAUCUAUAUAAUGUUUUGAAAGAGCUGGUAAUACAAUUUUGGACAUGGGAAAAUGUAGUCAAUUAAAGCGGCUUGUCGUGCC